AUGAGUUUGGAACGUGUUGUGGAAAAAAUCGAGCGCACGAUGUACGAACACUUCGAGGACAAGUAUUUAUAUUACUUCGAACCAUUCUUUGAAGAACUGCCAUUUGAGCUGAUGGUCUAUUUGCUGAAGUUUCUAAAUCCCACCGACCGCUGUGCUAUGGCACAAGCUUGCCAAGGAUUCUAUGAAGGUCUCAAGCAUCCGGUGAUGCUUCGUUCCACCUGGCUGCACAUCUACGAAGUCGAGUUCGAGGACAAUAUUGAACCGGUGCGCUGUCUACUAACAGCUUUCCGUUAUUUUCCAAACGUCAAGCUAACAAAAAUAAUGUUCCGUAACCGAAGCGACUUUUGGGCAGAAUUCGGUGAAUCCAUAGAGGAGUUGUGGUUCGAUAAUUGUAUCUUAUGGAAACAAAAGGUGCUGUCGAUCCUCCGUUACACCUUCCGUCUGAAAAGACUCACAAUCGAAAACUGUCCGGAUUUGUUCCGUUCGUGGAAACAGCUAAAAAAUCUCACGGUGACGUACUGCCCCACACUUCCGAAUCUUACGCACAUCAGUCUGGCGGGCAACAGCCGGCUCGAGCAGCAUCAUUUCGAUUUCAUUGUUGGUAUGGCGCCAAAGCUUGACUCGCUAGACGUCUCCAACUGCUUCAAGGGGGUAGAAGCGACGCAACGUUUUCGCAUGUUGGAUCACAUCUUGCACUAUGUGGAAGAGUAUCAGCACUCGAUCAGACACUUUUACAUAGGCGACACACCGAUCGACAAUUUGUUUCUGCGCCGAUUGGCGGCUAUCAAGGAGCUGCAGUUGAAAAGUUUGAGUUUGAUGGUGUGCGAGAAGAUUCCAUCCUCGGAAGCUGGAAUCGUAGAAUUGAUCGAUUUCCAAACUAAUCUCACCUAUCUCGAUCUAACCAGAUCGCUAGCUCUAAACGAUUCCUGUUUAAUACAGAUUUCCAACUGCAUGCCUUUGCUGGAAACUUUAAUCCUCAACCGCUGCUGGAUGAUCACCGAUUAUGGAAUUUUGUCAAUCAAAAAACUAACCCGAUUGAAGCACAUCGAUUUAACCAGUUGCGAAAGAAUUUCCGACGUUGGUAUUUCCGGUGGGCUGUUGAAUCAUAACCGGCAGAAGCUGGAGAAGCUUUACCUAGGUUUACUGGCCAGUAUUGGUGAGGUGGUUUUUACCAAGAUUUCAUUCGAACUGACGAACCUGGCGGUUCUGGACUUGGGAGGAUGUUCCAACUGUAUCAACGAUCGGUCGAUUCAGUAUAUUUUCUACCAUAUGACCGGCCUGAAGGAGCUGAAUUUAGAUUGCUGUGCGAAGCUUACAGAUGCCGGCAUGACGGGAAUCGAUUUGCCCGAGUACGCUAUUUCGAUUUGGGAGUACGAAAUUAGUUUUUCCAUUGAAGAUCUCAAACGGUUGCGGUACCUGAACUUGCACGGAUGCUAUCGCAUAACAGAUUACGCUUUCAGACGGAAAUUUCGCUUGAUAGAGUUAAGAGAACUCAUACUGGAACGAUUACAGAUCACUGAGUACGGCGUAGAAAAGCUCGCGCUAAACUGUCCAUCCUUAGAAAUCAUAGACUUUAGCGAGUGUCAAAACGUCAACGAUCGCUGCGUGGAAAUCGUCGUCAAAGGAUGUAUUCGACUGACCACUCUUAAACUGCAGAACUGUCCCUUAAUUUCCGACCUGGCUAUUGAUUACAUUGUGCAAUACAGCAAGACUUUAAAACAGUUGAACAUUCGUGGAUGCUACAAAAUUUCUGCCGAAGCGGAGGAAAAACUCAGUACCGUCAGAACUUUGAGACACGUAAUUGCAAAUGAACGAGAAUAG